GAUUGCGGAAUAUCCUUAUCUACUCUUAAAAUGUAUCAGCAAGGGAUAUAUAAACACCUCAUCCCCCAACCCCCACCCCAACAAAAACCCACAAGGAAUUAUGUUGAAAGAUUUGCGACGCACAAACACAUCGGAAACCUCUCUCAUCCCUCACGCUCAUCACACCCUUGCACCCUCCCAGUCCCUCUUAUCUCUAGGCGUCACCUCUCAAGGCCUAACAACACCCCAAAUCACCGCACGUCGACAAGAAUGUGGUGCCAAUAUCUUGGUUGGCUCCGGGGGUGUCCGGGCUUGGAAGGUGUUGAUCGGGCAAGUAUGUAAUGGGUUGACUGUGGUGUUGGUUGCUGCCAUGUCCAUCGCACUGGCCAUCCAAGACUGGCUCGAAGCCGCCGUGAUCCUCUUUGUUAUCGUCUUCAACACAAUCGUAGGCUUCCUCCAAGAAUACCGUGCAGAAAAAACCAUGGAAGCCCUCCAAAAAACCGCAUCUCCCACCUCCCGCGUUCUCCGCAACGGCCAAACCGAGACCAUCGCGUCUGAAGAUCUCGUACCAGGCGAUAUCCUCUUUCUGGAACAAGGGGACGCCGUUGGAGCCGAUGCACGGUUGAUCGAGGUCUAUAAUCUUCAAGUGGAGGAAGGGCUACUGACGGGUGAAUCCCUCCCGGUAUCCAAAUCCGUUGAUGCGGUUGAAAUGGAUACUGCGUUGGGUGAUCGACUGUGCAUGGUGUAUAUGGGUACAAAUGUCGUCAAAGGGAGAGCAAAAGCCGUGGUGGUCGCAACAGGCAUGCAAACUCAAAUCGGGUCCAUCGCAAAAUCCCUCUCGGAAUCGAGCGAACCGACGAGCACGCCCCUCCAAAAACGACUCAAUCACCUCGCGCUGGCCUUGUUUGUUUUUUCGAUUAUACUGGCUCUCAUUGUAUUCGCUGUGUACGGCUUUGUGUUUAGUCAAGAAGCGUCCAUUUAUGCGAUCAGUGUCGCUAUUGCCAUGAUCCCGGAGGGGUUGGUGGCGGUUGUGACGCUGACCAUGGCGUUGGGGGUCAGGAGGAUGGCAAAGCAAAAGGCAAUUGUACGGAGGUUGGCGGCUUUGGAAGCCUUAGGGUCGACAACAGAUAUUUGUUCCGACAAGACAGGGACACUCACACAAGGCAAAAUGGUCCUCACACAAUUCUACGUCCCACAUAAAGAAACUUACACCGUCACAGGGACCGGUCUGGACCCGACAGGAACCAUCCAAAGCGAGGACCACACAUCAAUCAUCACCGAAACGCUCCCAGACUAUCUGACCCGAUUCGUCCAAUGUGCAGCCUUAUGCAACACGAGCGCGAUUCACAUGGACGAGGAAGGGAUAUGGAACGGUACCGGGGAUCCCACAGAGAUCGCACUCCAAGUCUUUGCUCACAAACUCUCCAGCGGAAAACCCGCCCUCCUCCGCACACCCGACGCACCAACACACCCUUGGACUCUCAUCGCCGAACAUGCUUUUGACUCGACCUUGAAACGCAUGUCCGUCGUCUACAUGCACGAACCAACUAACACGGCAUACGUAUUCGCAAAAGGAGGGUUAGAAUCACUCAUACCCCUCUGCAAAAGCCUCUGGGAUGAAACACCUUUGACCGAACACAUACGUGCCGAAAUCACAGGCAAGGUUAACGACAUGGCUUCAAGAGGUUUACGCGUUCUAUGCCUCGCCUAUCGACGUCUAGGCUCCACACCAUCCACCCGAGACGCAACGGAAAAAGAUUUGAUGCUGUUGGGGUGGGCGGGUAUCAAUGAUCCGCCGCGACCCGAGACGGCCUCAGCCGUUCAAGCAUGCCACCGCGCGGGAAUCACAGUACGAAUGUUAACUGGCGACCACCCCCGCACAGCUGCAGCUAUCGCAGAACAGGUGGGGAUCCUCGAUAUGAGUGGCAGUCACACCACCGUCUGUAUGGACGCAGUGGAAUCCAAACGUGCAUGGACGGGCCCCGAAUUCGAUGCCUUGACAAGCGACCAGGUGGAUGCAUUACCGGAACUACCUCUCGUCGUCGCGCGGUGUACGCCAGAUACCAAAGUCCGUAUGAUUGACGCCUUGGACCGACGGAAGAAGAUUGCCGCCAUGACGGGUGACGGCGUCAAUGAUUCCCCAUCCCUCAAAAAAGCACCAAUAGGUAUCGCAAUGGGCACCGGAAGCGACGUAGCAAAACAAGCCUCCAGUAUCGUCCUCACCGAUGACAAUUUCGCAACAAUCGUAUCAGCCAUCGCACAAGGCCGGCGAAUCUUUAGUAAUAUCCAGAAAUUCGUCUUGCAUCUCAUGACGACCAAUGUAGCCGAAAUCGUUGCAUUGAUUAUCGGAUUGGCGUUUGUCGAUGGGAGUGGAACGAGUGUUUACCCACUCAGUCCCCUCCAAAUCCUCUUUGUCAACAUGGUCACAAGUUCACCUCCAGCCAUGGCACUCGGCAUUGAACCCCCACAACCCACCCAGAUGUCCCACGCCUACACACCAACCCUCUUUUCACGCAACAUGAUAUUCGAUAUAACAUACUACGGUCUCACAAUGGGAUCCCUUACUCUCGCCGUCUUUAUCCUCCGGAUUUUCGCAUUCGGAAAUGGGUUAGGCCACGGAUGCAAUUUAUACCAUGAUGACGAUGAUUCGAUUGCAGGGUGUAGGGAUGUCUACCGCGCGCGUGCAACAGCCUUUGUCACUCUCACUUGGACCAUCCUUAUCCAUGCCUACGUAUGCAGGCACCGCACACAGAGCACAUUCCACGGAUGGAAAACCAACAAAGCCCUAGCGUACUGCUGUCUAUUCGGUAUGGUCAUUGUCGUGCCCGCGCUGUAUAUCCCCGGCACGCAAUACGUCUUUCGGCAUGAAGGUAUAGGAUGGGAAUGGGGGAUGGUCGUUGUGGCUUGCUUGGUGUAUAUUGCGUCGGCGGAGGGGUACAAGUUUUUGUGGAGAGUUUGGAUGAGGAGAAGGGGGCAGAAUGAGAUUGUGGAGGCACACGAAGAAAUGAAGAUGGUGGGUGAUGCAUGAUGGUUAUUGUAUCUAGGGAAUGGCAAGACAUUUUGUAAAAGGACGGUCAUAUAAUAUAUUUUUC